AUGCUGCGAUUCUUGUUGACUUCUCUCCUGUUCUGUCCGCUUGCGCUCGUCGCAUCCUUUGACGAGGAUGACUGGCUUGCAAUACGCGCUCCUACAGAGGUGACUGCAGGUGUUCCCUUCAAUGUGACAUUCGAUGUCGAAGUACAUAACUGGGCCACCACCUUCUGCCAUGCCUUCCGGGUCUAUCUCGCUUCUUCAGCGAGAGAAAAGAUUUCAGCAUCGUUCUUCGACUCUGAUUGUUACCUUCUACAGGAAGAGACUCUUUGCAAUCCCACAAUCGAGAUCGACGAAGGCUAUGUCCUAUUUCGUAACACCACAGUCACCGUAACUGUACCUCCUAGUGUAGGGCCAUCGGGCAAGCACUACACCGUCCAGGGGCGCAUCCUAAAGACGGACGGGUCGUACUAUGGUUCAUCUCUCGACUCGAACGUCUUCAAUCUUUCUGGUGGUACGGGUGAAUGGGCCGACUAUGAGCUUAAAGGUUACACCUUAUGGGGCGAUGAUGGCAUUCCCUGUGGCGGGUAUGACUGCGUGAGAGGUUGCAAUAAUGCUACCUUCAGCGCUUUCGAUCGCAACUCGACAAGGGAAUGCGCAAACUCAUGCCCUGGGGUGUUCAUCAAUCCCACUUCCAGCUUUGGAGGACAGCCUACGGCCACGAUGUCAAUGCCAUCCGCAUGCUCAAUUGAGUAUUCGUCAAGCAUACCUGCCACCUCGACAACGAGAACGCUUCCUAGCACCACAAUCGUUCGCAGUUCUACCAAUACUCCCAACACCGCGACAUCGGGCUCUGUCCCUAAGUUCCCUUUCAUCUCAUUAAUUCCCCUUUUGGCGGUUUUCCUGUCGUGA